GAGGGGAUGAGCGGGUUCAUGAAGGGUGUAUCGGCGAGUUUAUCGCGCGAGGCGACGUAUAGUACGAUCCGGUUCGGUGCCUACGACUUUUUCAAAGGGUUCUUGCACAAAGUCUCCGGUGGGAGGUUGGACGAGCGCGGGUUUGGGAAUAAGGUAAUGAGUGGACUGGCAAGCGGGUGUAUCGGCGCAUCCCUCGCAAACCCCACCGAUCUCCUCAAAAUCCGGCUCCAGGCUCCUUCGACACCCCACACCCACCUCCUCCCAACCCUCUCCUUCCUCCUCCGCGAACGCGGGUUCCUGGGACUCUACCGCGCAUGCCUCCCCACCACGAUCCGAGCAGCGUUAUUGACGAGUUCACAAUUAGCCAGCUACGACCACACGAAGCACUUUUUGAUGGAGUGGGGUGGGAUGCGUGAAGGGUUUGGGUUACAUUUUGCUAGUAGUGCGGUUGCGGGGGGUGUUUGUUCUUUUGUGAGUGCGCCGGUGGAUGUCAUCAAAGUACGGAUUAUGAAUGCUCCCACCACUGCGCCCACCGCCGUCUCCGUCCCCGUCUCGGUAUCGCCCUCACCCUCGCCCUCGCCCCUCGGCGCUCUCGCUACAAACAUACAGACACCAGGAAAUAUUUUGAAGCAAGCAUACGCAACCGGAGCCCCACCGGGCGUGAUCGGCACAACCAUGAAAAUCUACCACGAAGAGGGGCUUCGAGCGUUCUUUAGGGGUGGGUUUAUGUGUUGGAUGAGGUUGUGGCCACAUACGGUGAUUAGUUUGAUGGUGUUUGAGCAGUUGAGGAGGUGGGCUGGGAUUGAGCCUAUUUAACGUGAGAAGGAGGGAGUAGGGAGAUGGAGCGGAAGGGAAUGUUACGGAUGAGAGGAGGGCAAGUUUCGGUAGUGGCAUGAGGCCUAUAUG